AUGGUUCGCAAAAAGAGAACAAGAAAACCUCUCGGUAAUGAGGAUAUUGACGAUAUGGACGACAUCGAAGAUGUGGAUAUGAAUGCUGUGACGGAUUCAGAAGAGGAAUAUACGGAAACUGAAAAAAAAUUGCUGGAGAAAGUGCGGAAACAGCGCACUACUGAAAAUUUCGAUAGCGACGAUGAGGUUUACGGGCUGCAAGAUGAUAGCGAGGUGGAAGAAGAAGACGAUGAGCGAGAUUCAAUGGAAUCUGACAUUGAGGGGGCACAGGAGGAUUACGAUAUGCCCAAUGACAGAGCUUGGGGCACUAAAGCGAAAGCCUUUUACUCGUCGGAUUUUAAAUAUACAGAUUAUGCAUCGGCGCCCGAAAAGGACUUGGUCAACGCGGACAUGGAGGAGGAAGAAGGAAGAAGAUUGCAUUUAAGAUCGAUGGGACAGCAUUUAGCUCUUGAUGGUUCAAGUUUUAGUAAAAAUAAAGCAGCUCAAGUUAUCGAGGACAGUAAAGUUGUUCGAAAGGACAGUACGCAGUUGUCUGAUAAGGAAUUUUUCAUGAUCAUGGUCAAGCUUUUUAAAGAUUACAUGACGCAAGCAAAAGACAUUUUGGCACCCUUUCUUGAAUUGGUCAAAGAUGGGACAUGUCCCGAAUGCAAUGCAGUAGCUUUUAUUAGAACCAAGUAUGAAAUUAUAUUAAAUUAUUGUACAAAUAUUUCGUUUUUGUUGAUGCUGCAAACCAAGGGACUGCCAGUGAAAUCACAUCCAGUUGUAAAACGUUUGGCACAGUACCGUCAUCUGAUCAGCGAACUGGAAUCAGAGCAGGGAGAUUUGUUGGAGCAAGUGGCAGAGAUACUGAAAGCAAUUAAAGAAGGUAGACCUCUUUACAGCAUAUCGGAUGGUUUUCAGAUACAAAGUAGUAAAAAGAGUCCAAGGCUUACUAGCUUAUCUAAAAAGCUGGCAAGUAAGAAAGAAGCAGUAACACUAGAAGAACAGUCACUAUCUGACAGUAUGAAUGAAGAAGCAAGCAUUGAAGAUCUAGAUACUGAAGAGAAGCAUGAUGGCGAAUCUGUGGUUGAUGAAAAAGAUACUACCAUUCUAGAUAGUAUGAAUGAAAAAGAAGAGGCUAAGAGAGCGAUAACAUACCAAAUGGCAAAGAACAGAGGUCUUACGCCUUAUCGGAAGAAGGAACUGCGCAAUCCGCGUGUAAAGCACAGAAAUAAAUAUCGCAAAGCCAAGAUUCGCAGAAAGGGCGCGGUGAGAGAAGUGAGAAAGGAAUUGACUCGUUAUGCGGGAGAGAUCUCGGGUAUCAAGGCAGGUGUGAAGAAAGGCAUUAAAUUAAAAUGAUUCACAGAUUUUGUCCAAUAUAGAUUACUUGGAUAUUUUUUCAAAUAUAUGAAUAUAUAUUGUAUUUAAUUGUGCUCGA